AUGACGACAGUUCGCCACGUGGCGUUUGGUCAUUCGAUGCAUUUAAUGAGCGCAUGCUCAGCCCUAAUAUCGAAGAUUGGCACGGGUUACGAGGAGAUCGAGGAAGUUCAUCUUCAUCCACAACGUCUUGCGACAAUGUUGUGUAACUCGGUGAUAAUGCAGUCUCUCCUUAUUUGGACUACAUCACUUCUCAUGGGCGGUUAUCAUGGUGCCGUGACAUUUGGAUUAUCAUGUUUAAGCAUUUUGCUCAUGUGGAUCGGUUCACUAAGCUUGACAAUCUUGGUUGCCAUUCUAAUACCAUGUAUUUCUACCUCCCCUGUACCUUAUAUUGCAAACCCGUGGUUAGUGAUUGGCUUAUUUGGUGGACCUGCCAUGCUUGGGGCAUUAGCUGGUCAACAUCUGGGCUUUCUUUUCAUCAUCAAAUAUUCAAGAGACGUUUUUUCUAAGAGAGUGCCAAUAUUACCAUCACAGACUCUAGAAAAUGUAAUUCGGUUGGAGGCUGAAAGAUGGCUUUUCAAAUCUGGUUUUAUUCAGUGGCUUAUUCUUCUUAUAGUCAGCAACUACUUCAAGGCUGGGAGUUCAUAUGUUGCCCUUGUUUGGUUGGUCACACCAGCUUUUGCUUAUGGUCUAAUGGAAGCAACACUGACCCCAUCACGGCUUCCCAAGCAGCUUAAAAUUACAACACUAAUUCUGAGUCUAUCACUACCUAUUUUGCUCUCUUCUGGUACACUAAUUCGGGCUGUUGGCACAAUAAUUGGCAUUCUUGUCCGAUCGGAAAGGAACCCUGGUGCCAGACCCGAAUGGCUUGGGAGUCUUGUAGUUGCUGUAUUAGUUUCUGCAAUUGUUUGUCUUACACUAGUUUACCUCCUUUCAUACAUUCAUCUUUCAGGUGCAAAAAGACCAGUGAUCAUUUCAAUUCUUAUGCUUCUCGCACUUGCAUUGGCUGCUGUAAAUACUGGCCUCUUUCCAACAUUUACCGAAGACUUUUCUCGGGCUGUAAAUGUUGUGCAUGUGGUGGAGACAAAAGGAAACUCUGAUGAAAAUCAAGAUGCAUCAUCCUUCAUUUCAUUAUUCUCUUCUACCCCUGGAAAACUGUUUGAAGAAGCAAAGAAUUUAAAGGAUGAAGAAUUCACUUGUGGAUGGAAUAAGACGGUUGAUUAUGUUUCUUUUACUGUUAAAUAUGGCUGCUGGAGUUCCAAAGAUUCCAGAAGUGGAUGGAGUAAUUCAGACAUCCCUGUAGUCCAUGUUGAACAUGAUUCUAGGACGAUAAAUGGUAGAGAAACGAAAGUAUUUAUUGACGCUAAAACUUCAAAACGUUGGUCCCUUGCUAUCAAUAGAGAAGCAAUCAGAGACUUCACAUUUGAAGCUGACGCGCAAGAAUUGGUACCAGUUGGCAGCAAGAGUGAGGUCGAUGGAUGGCAUUUUAUUCAGUAUUCAGGUGGAAAAAAUGCUCCCACUAAAUUCAAUUUGAACCUUUAUUGGUUAGACAACACCACGCAUUCAUCACAAGGAGCUUAUAAACCUGGUGGCUCCCCUCUCUUACUGAAGGUAAGGACAGAUUUGGACAGAGUCACACCAGCAGUUAAGAGGGUUCUGGAGAAGCUCCCGCCUUGGUGUUCCCUGUUCGGUAAAUCCACCUCGCCAUACACAUUCUCUUUCUUAACCACUCUCCCAGUUGAUUUCUAGAUACUCUCUCUCUCUCUCUUGUAGUAGAGCACUCUUGCUUUCAGAAUUUGGAUGUAUUAUGUAUAAGAUGUUAUUUAAAACAAUGUGGGAUGGUUUUGCCA